UUUAGAAGGCUUUGAAAGCUCUGUGGAAGAGGGAGCCAGCCAGCAGCGAUACUUUUCAAUCGUCCACUCGAUCGGAAAAUCCUCUCAUCUCUGAUGAACUCCGAUCGGUGCGAGAAACCUUAAUCUCUCAGGGGCUUCGUCUCCCGAUUUAGUCUCAUCGGGAAACUUUGUUCCUCGUUGAAAAUGGAUGGUAACAAAGAUGACGCGUUGAAAUGUCUGAAAAUCGGCAAGGAUGCGAUGGAAGCAGGAGAUCGACCUCGCGCUCUGAAAUUUCUCGAGAAAGCUCGUCGUCUUGAUCCGAGUCUCCCGAUCGAUGAUCUCGUUUCGGAUCUGAAGCAGAAGUCGGAUAAAUCAGCGGCGGAGGAUUCGCCUGAAUCUGCCGUCAACGAGUCGCCUAAGCCGUCGGAUCGACCUUCUCUUCGUCAACGUGGAUCUUCUUCGGCUGCCGCGGGAUCGUCAUCGUCUAUGUCGUUCACGGAAGAGCAACGAACGAUCGUGAGGGAGAUAAAAUCGAAGAAGGAUUACUAUGAGAUUCUUGGAUUGGGAAAUAGCUGUUCAGUUGAAGAUUUGAGGAAGGCAUAUCGGAAACUCUCGUUGAAGGUUCAUCCCGAUAAGAACAAGGCUCCUGGAUCAGAAGAAGCUUUCAAAUCCGUCUCCAAGGCGUUUCAAUGCCUAAGCAACGAAGAAACUAGGAGAAAGUACGACAUCAGUGGUUCCGAUGAGCCUGCUUAUCAACCACGACGAUCGGCGAGAAGAAACAACGGAUUCAACGGCUUCUACGACGAUGAAUUUGACGCUGAUGAGAUUUUCAGAAGCUUCUUCGGCGGAGGAAUGUCUCCUGCUACUACUCCAUUCCGAUCAUUCAGUUUCGGCGCGGGAAAUAGAACAGGUCAUCAAGCCUCUGAUACAGGAUUCAAUCCUCGUAUGCUCCUCCAAAUGCUUCCUGUUGUGUUCAUACUACUCCUCAACUUCCUGCCUUCUCCUCAACCAAUUUACUCGCUAUCUGCAUCGUACCAGUACGAUCACAAAUUCACCACGCAUAGAGGCGUCAAUUACUUUGUGAGAUCAGCCAAUUUCGAGCAGGAAUACCCAAUUAAUAGCCCCGAGAGACAGAAUGUUGAAGCGCAAGUCGACAGAGAUUACUUGUCCGUACUGGGCCAGAAUUGCCGGUAUGAGCUUCAGAGACAACAAUGGGGGUAUGUCCGCGACACUCCACACUGUGACAUGAUGCGGAGGUUUGAUUCAGCUGCUGCAUAAACUUCCAUUCAAGUGAGAGAGACUUUAAACACCAAGUUAGUAUAUUUUAACUCCAAGAAAAACUUGAUUGGAUCUUUCUGAGGCAUAUAGAUGGUACUUACUAAUUUCUGAGAGUAUUUCGUUGAUGCCCUCAGUGAGUUUGGUUCCAAAGUCCCGACCUCAUAUACGUUGAUUACUGUUCUGUGUAUGAUGUUUAGUAUGCAACAUUAUUAUGUGUGAUUAUUUGUAUUCGGAAUAAGACUUGGUUUUGCUCUGCUCUGCAUUUUCCAGGUGUAAGGUAUAGCAAAAACUAAAUUUUUAUAUCAUCAAAA